CAAAAUACGUGUUCAGCGCUUCACGUGAACCUAUGUGCAUCACGCAUCAUGUCAAAAUACGUGCCUGCUGCAGAUGCGUCGAAAGGGUUUAUGAUAAAAGAGACGCUCGCGUUCAGAAGACACUGCAUUAACACUUAACUCUGAUUACACAUGAGACUAAGCAAGUAUCUAGCAAACGCGAGCGUCUCUUUUAUUAAAAACCCUUUCAACACGUCUGCAACAGGCACGUAUUUUGACAUGACGCGACACACACAUGACGGGCUAAAUACAGUACAUGUUUUCCCGAGCUUCGCAUUACUGCUUACCCUGAAGAGGAGUCACGGAUCGCCACUGCUAUGCUUGUGUUUACACCAGACAUCUCUCCUUCACAACGAACGAUUUUUGAAGUGUAGGCUGACAGUUUUGUUAAUUGUUGAAGGCACAGGUGAAUUCUGGGUGGAUUUGUGCAUGCCCUAGACUCGUGGUGUGAGCGGUAUCGGAGCGGAACCGGAGCGAGACAGAGCGAUCGCUCCGGCCUUUGGAUAAAAACCCACUCCGCGCGCUCCGCUCGCCGCCCGCUCCAUGCUCCGCUCCGCUCACAUGGUCUGUGGUAUUGUAGAUCUGGAAAAGAAUGCUGCACAGCUUAUUUUACCAUCCUCAUUUUGCGAAAAUAGCGGGUUUCACUUCUGUCUAUUCAAUGAUUCAGCAAAGCUAAUAACAGGAAUAAUUGUGAAAACAUGGAACUGACUGUACAGAGGCACUAAAGAAUCUCUUAGUGUCACGGUCCUGUCUGCGUCCUAGUGUUCCCCUGCCUGUUUCUCCUGUUUCUACCUUAUGGACACCUCCCAUCAUGCUCCACACUCCCUCACAUUUUCCUCGUCUCCCAUCAACCUCACCUGUCCUCCAUACCCUCAUCACAGAGACUGUAUAUAUACUCUCACUGUUCCUUUGUUCAUUGUCAAGUCUCGUCUAUUUAGUCUGAAAUUACGUUGUGUUCUCCAGUGAAUUCUUUUGUUGUGUUUUGUUGUUGUGCUUUAAAAUAUAUACUGUAGGAAUGGAUAACUCUCCGACUGUGGUCUGUGGCUGCAUACACACAGCCGUGACACUUAGCUGUCUAUCUUUUAUUCAGUGUGAUAUAUGCAAAACCCAUCAUUCGCACAAAAAAUGUCAUCGAGCACUGUUUGUUUAAACUUAUUAGUGGCUACAAGACUGUCUAUCCGGCUUCUCAAAUUAUACAACCAACUUAUACCAUGGUAUUUUAUGAGUUGUAUUGCCGUAAUGAACCUUAUAGUACUUGUGGUUAAUGGUUUAAUGUCAUUUUUUUAAAGCUUUAAUGCUGUUAUGAAUGUUAUGUUUUUAUGCUAUUUUGUACAUUUAAGUACUUAAUAAUAGUCCUGAAUGCUCAAACACAAUUUUUUUUACUGUUGUUUCAUAGUGAUUAUUCUGAUUUAUAAUUUAUAUGCUAUUAUUUUUUUUCAUUUAUGGUUGAAAUGCGUGUCAUGUCUGCAGUCAUUAAAUCUGUUACUAUUUAAUAAUUAGAUUUAGAGUGCGAAAUAGAGAUAAUCCCUGGUUUAAUGAAUCUAUAGCUUCACUUAUAAAAAGAAGAUAUGCUGCAUGGGCUAAAGCAAAGAAAACGAAUAAUCAAAUGGACUGGAUAAAUUAUAGAACAUUAAGAAAUAUUUGUACAAAAUUAGUAAAAAGAUCUAAAUGUGAUUAUUAUUUAAAUAUGAUAAAUGAGAAUAUUAAUGAUCCAUCUUCUUUUUGGAAAUUGACCAAAUCAGCUUCUGGUAAAAAAACAUUUACCAGUCUACCUGAUCAUUUAAAAUUAAAUGAGAGUAUAAUUAAGGAUAAAGAAAAUAUUGUAAAUGUUUUUAAUAGAUAUUUUAUUUCGGGGGGAGAGACCCACAAUUGUAGUAACUUAAGGAAACAAGAAAAUGUGGAAGCUACUUUGUCAUAUUACUCAGCAGUUUAAUUUUAUUCCUAUUUUAGCUACACAAGUUCAUAAAGUUCUAUCUAAUUUGGAUAUUAAAAAAUCACCAGGGCCUGAUAAAAUAGAACCUUAUUUUCUAAAAAUUUCUGCAGAUCUUAUAACAGAGCCCAUUACAUCUAUUUUUAACUUGAGUUUAAUCUCAAAUGUUAUUCCUCGUGCAUGGAAAUCCGCGUCAGUUUUACCUUUGUUAAAAGCUGGUGACCCAGCAGUUUUGGAUAAUUAUUGGCCAAUUAGUAGGUUGUCUGUGUUGGCAAAAGUAUUUGAAUCUUUUGUCAAUGAUCAAGUGAAACAGUUUUAACUGAAAAUAAAAUAUUAAAUGAUUUUCAGUCAGGCUUUAGAUCAGGUCAUAGUACUAUUACAGCAGCUAUGCUGGUUACAAAUGAUAUUGUUAAAUACCUAGAUAGUAAACAACAUUGCGCAGCAUUAUUUGUAGAUCUUUCUAAAGCAUUUGACUGUGUAGAUCAUAAACUUUUAUUAGAGAUUAAGUUGUAUAGGUUUUUUACCGGUUCUUACCGCUGUCGAAGAUGGGGCCAGAGGAUGACCCAGAGGUGUUCCUCGACCUCUUCGAGAAGACGGCGGAGACUAGCGGCUGGCCCCCGGAGGAUUGGGCGAGGCGACUCCUGCCGUUGCUGUCGGGGGAAGCGCAACUGGCGGCUCGGCCACAGCCCAUCCAGAACCUCCUGGUCUUCAACGACCUGAAGAGGGCCAUCCUGCAGAGGGUCGGCCGUAGCCUGGAGGAGCAUCGUCAGCGAUUCCGGUCGCUGGGUCUGGGCGAAAACGGCCGGCCCUUCGUGAUGGCCCACCAGCUCCGGGACUCCUGCCGCAAAUGGCUGCUGGCUGGGAAAGGCGACAUCGAGGACAUCAUCGACCGAGUGGUGCUGGAGCAGUUUAUCGCUCGGCUUCCGAAGAAAACGGCCGAGUGGGUCCAGUGCCACCGCCCGACGUCGCUGGACUCAGCCAUCCACCUGGCAGAAGACCAGAUGGUGGUGUGCCCCGGGGUUGGUGAACCCCUCCCGGCUGUCUCUCUCUCCUCUCCGGAGGCUGUUCCUCUCUCCCCCUCUUCUCUAUCUCUCUCUCCUCGUUCUGUCCCUGCACUCAGGUCCCGUCCACCCGGUCCGCCACGAGUGCCGCCUCGAUGAAGGUUCCCACAGCCCGGGGACUACACAACCGGGUACCGCGCUCCGCCCCGGGGAUUUCAGGACGGCAAUGGGUCCACCCUCUCUCCGCGCCCUUCCCGUGCUCCACUUCCCGCCACCCGGAUGGCGGAGACGCCUGCGCCGGCCUGUUGGCGAUGUGGAGGCCCGGAUCAUUUUGUUGAUCGGUGCCCAGUGAUGGAGGUCGGGACAAUGAUCCGUGUUCCCGACACGCCGCAGGCUGCCCCCGGUCAGAAUGGAUGGUACCAAAUUCCUGUGAGUAUAAGGGGGGUACAUACCCGGCUCUGGUGGAUUCCGGUUGUAACCAGACCUCCAUCCAUCAAAGCCUGGUUCGGCCCGGGGCAUUGGAUAAUAGCCGCAUGGUUCGGGUACGGUGCAUACAAGGGGAUGUGGUGAGAUAUCCUGUAAUCCCCGUCAUGAUUCAAUUCAGGGGAGAAAAGCAUAGAGUUGAGGUAGCGGUUAACCCACACCUCCGACACCAGCUAAUCUUGGGAACUAAUUGGCCUGCAUUCACGGAAUUAUUGGGGUGCUUAUGUGCGGGUGUCGCUUGGGGUCUAGAGGCACUGGGAGGCGGCGCUCGUGCAGGCAGGAGAGGCUGUUUCAGGGGAAGCGAGCGGAUCCGAGGGGCGAAUCCUCUCGGAACGCGAUGACUUUCCCCUGGAACAAUCCCGGGACGAAUCUCUCAAGUUCGCCUUUGAACAGGCCUGCUAUGUGGACGGUCAACCUCUCCAACCUGCCCGACCGCGCUCCUACCCGUAUUUUGCAAUCAUAAAAGACCGGUUGUAUCGAGUGACCCAAGACGCUCAAACAAAGGAAGAUACAACCCAGUUACUAGUGCCACGGGGCCGCCGGGAAAUGCUUUUCCAGGCGGCACAUUGUAAUCCCAUGGCGAGGCAUUUAGGACAAAACAGGACACUAAAUCGCCUCAUGGCCCGAUUCUUUUGGCCGGGCAUUCACGAGAACGUACGCAGGUGGUGCGCCUCGUGCCGUGAAUGUCAGCUGGUAAACCCUCCGGCCUCCCCAAAAGCGCCAUUGCGCCCGUUCAUGUCACGCACGAUACGCGAACUUUAUGAAUUAUUGGGCAUUAAAUCGGUCCGUACCAGCGUCUUUCACCCUCAAACGGACGGGCUGGUAGAACGGUUUAAUCGCACGUUGAAAACCAUGAUUCGUAAGUUCGUACACGAGGACGCCAAAAAUUGGGAUAAAUGGUUAGAACCCCUCUUAUUCGCUGUGCGAGAGGUCCCGCAAGCCUCCACGGGGUUUUCCCCCUUCGAGCUUCUCUUUGGACGCCAGCCCCGAGGGGUUUUGGACGUCCUGAGAGAGACUUGGGAGGACGGACCCUCCAACAGCAAGAACGAAAUUCAACAUGUCCUGGACCUGAGAACAAAACUCCAUACACUGGGGCGGCUAUCUAUGGAGAAUUUGUUACAGGCCCAGGAUAAACAGAGCCGGCUGUAUAACAGGGGAACCAACCUCAGGAAAUUUUCACUGGGAGAAAAAGUGCUUGUAUUACUCCCCACCUCAAGUUCCAAAUUACUAGCGAAGUGGCAAGGGCCGUUUAAGGUCACACGGAAAGUGGGAGAUCUUGAUUAUGAAGUAGUGCGGUCAGAUAGGAGCGGGGCACGUCAAAUUUACCACCUCAAUCUCCUUAAAAAAUGGCAGGAGGUCGAACCCGUGAUGCUGGCGACGGUAAUUAGUGGAGAGGAUGAUCUGGGACCUGAAGCGAAUAUAAAACCACAAUCACUCGCUCUGGCUCCGGGAGGAGAUCACCUCUCACCCUCCCAGCUCACGGACAUAGCCAGGUUGCAGGCGGAAUUCGCAGACGUGUUCUCACCCCUACCGGGACGCACGAAACUCAUUCAGCACCAUAUCGAGACGGUGCCGGGCGUAGUGGUUCGUAGCCGGCCCUAUCGUUUACCUGAGCACAAGAAAAAUGUGGUUCAGACGGAAUUAGCGGCAAUGCUCGAGAUGGGGGUAAUAGAAGAAUCCAACAGUGACUGGGCGAGCCCGAUAGUUUUGGUUCCCAAGACGGACGGCUCGGUCAGGUUCUGCAUGGAUUAUCGCAAAGUGAACGCGGUAUCGAAAUUUGAUGCCUAUCCAAUGCCACGGGUCGAUGAAUUACUGGACCGGAUAGGCACGGCUCGUUUUUAUUCGACAUUGGAUUUAACGAAAGGGUACUGGCAGAUCCCCCUAUCGCCAUUAUCUAAGGAAAAAACUGCCUUCACCACGCCGUUCGGAUUACACCAAUUCGUGACAC